AUGGCGGAGCAGGAGAGCCUGGAGUUCGGCAAGGCGGACUUUGUGCUGAUGGACACCGUCUCGAUGCCCGAGUUCAUGGCCAACCUCCGACUCAGGUUUGAAAAGGGGCGCAUCUACACAUUCAUUGGAGAAGUUGUCGUUUCUGUAAAUCCCUACAAAUCGCUCAACAUCUAUGGGAGGGAGACGAUUGAGCAGUAUAAAGGACGGGAGCUGUACGAGAGGCCGCCGCACCUGUUUGCUAUUGCCGAUGCUGCCUACAAGGCCAUGAAGAGGCGGUCCAAAGACACUUGUAUUGUGAUAUCAGGGGAGAGUGGAGCUGGUAAAACCGAAGCCAGUAAAUACAUCAUGCAGUAUAUUGCGGCCAUCACCAACCCCAGCCAGAGAGCCGAGAUCGAAAGGGUGAAGAAUAUGCUACUUAAGUCCAACUGUGUCUUGGAAGCUUUUGGAAAUGCCAAAACCAACCGCAAUGACAACUCAAGCAGGUUUGGGAAAUACAUGGAUAUCAACUUCGAUUUCAAGGGAGACCCUAUUGGCGGACAUAUCAGUAACUACUUACUCGAGAAGUCUCGAGUGAUUGUGCAACAGCCAGGAGAAAGGAGCUUUCAUUCUUUCUAUCAGCUACUCCAAGGAGGUUCGGAACAGAUGCUCCGCUCUUUGCAUCUCCAGAAAUCUCUUUCAUCCUACAACUAUAUCCAUGUGGGAGCUCAGUUAAAGUCUUCUAUCAAUGACGCCGCCGAAUUCAAAGUGGUAGCUGAUGCCAUGAAAGUAAUUGGCUUCAAGCCUGAGGAGAUUCAGACCGUGUAUAAAAUUUUGGCUACUAUUCUUCACUUGGGAAAUUUAAAAUUUGUAGUGGAUGGUGACACGCCUCUCAUCGAAAAUGGCAAGGUCGUAUCCAUCAUAGCAGAAUUGCUCUCCACCAAGACUGACAUGGUUGAGAAAGCCCUUCUUUACCGGACUGUGGCCACAGGGCGUGAUGUCAUCGACAAGCAGCACACGGAGCAGGAAGCAUGCUAUGGCAGGGACGCCUUCGCGAAGGCAAUAUAUGAGCGCCUUUUCUGUUGGAUUGUGACUCGCAUCAAUGAUAUCAUUGAGGUCAAGAACUAUGACACCACAGUGCAUGGGAAAAACACUGUUAUUGGUGUAUUGGAUAUCUAUGGCUUUGAAAUCUUUGACAACAACAGUUUUGAGCAAUUCUGCAUCAAUUAUUGCAACGAGAAGCUGCAGCAGCUAUUUAUUCAGCUGGUUCUGAAGCAGGAGCAAGAGGAGUACCAGCGAGAAGGGAUCCCCUGGAAGCACAUCGACUACUUCAACAAUCAGAUCAUCGUGGACCUGGUGGAGCAGCAGCACAAGGGGAUCAUCGCCAUCCUGGACGAUGCCUGCAUGAACGUGGGCAAGGUCACCGAUGCAAUGUUCCUGGAAGCACUGAACAGCAAACUGGGCAAACACGGGCACUUCUCCAGCCGCAAGCUCUGUGCCUCAGACAAAAUGCUGGAGUUUGAUCGGGACUUUCGAAUUCGACAUUACGCAGGGGAUGUAGUCUAUUCUGUCAUCGGUUUUAUUGACAAAAAUAAAGACACUUUAUUUCAAGAUUUCAAGCGCCUGAUGUAUAACAGUUCAAAUCCCGUGCUGAAGAACAUGUGGCCCGAAGGCAAACUGAGCAUCACGGAGGUGACCAAGCGCCCUCUGACUGCCGCCACUUUAUUUAAGAAUUCUAUGAUCGCCUUGGUGGACAACCUUGCAUCGAAGGAACCUUACUAUGUACGUUGCAUCAAACCCAAUGAGAAGAAAUCCCCGCAGAUAUUUGAUGAUGAGCGCUGCCGGCAUCAGGUUGAGUACCUUGGACUAUUGGAAAACGUGAGGGUGCGACGGGCAGGAUUUGCCUUCCGCCAGGCAUACGAGAAGUUUCUGCACAGGUAUAAGAUGAUCUCGGAAUUCACCUGGCCCAACCACGACCUCCCUUCAGACAAAGAAGCUGUGAAAAAACUGAUCGAGCAGUGCGGCUUCCAGGAGGACGUGGCUUACGGGAAGACCAAGAUUUUCAUCCGCACACCCCGCACCUUGUUCACCUUGGAGGAGCUCCGCGCCAAGAUGCUCGUGAGGAUCGUCCUCUUCCUCCAAAAGGUGUGGCGAGGCACGCUGGCCCGCAUGCGGUACAAGAGGACCAAGGCAGCCCUGACCAUCAUCAGAUACUACCGGCACUACAAGGUGAAGUCCUACAUCCGCGAGGUGGCCCGGCGCUUCCACGGCGUCAAGACCAUGAGAGACCACGGGAAGCACGUCAAGUGGCCAACCCCUCCCAAAGUUCUUCGCCGCUUCGAGGAGCACCUCCAGGCCAUUUUUAAUAGAUGGCGAGCGGCUCAGCUCAUCAAGACCAUCCCCGCUUCAGACCUGCCCCAGGUCAGGGCAAAGGUUGCGGCCAUGGAGAUGCUGAAGGGUCAAAGGGCUGACCUUGGGCUCCAAAGGGCCUGGGAAGGCAACUAUCUUGCUUCGAAGCCAGACACACCUCAGACCUCAGGCACUUUCGUCCCCGUUGCCAAUGAACUGAAACGGAAGGACAAGUACAUGAACGUCCUCUUCUCCUGUCACGUCCGUAAGGUCAAUCGGUUCAGUAAGGUGGAAGACCGCGCCAUUUUCGUCACUGAUCGCCACCUCUAUAAGAUGGACCCCACGAAGCAGUACAAAGUGAUGAAGACCAUCCCUCUGUACAACCUGACUGGCCUGAGCGUCUCCAAUGGGAAGGAUCAGCUUGUGGUGUUCCACACGAAAGACAACAAGGACCUCAUCGUCUGCCUCUUCAGCAAGCAGCCAACCCACGAGAACCGAAUUGGAGAACUUGUUGGAGUCCUGGUGAAUCAUUUCAAGAGUGAGAAGCGCCACCUGCAAGUGAACGUCACCAACCCGGUGCAGUGCAGCCUGAACGGGAAGAAGUGCACCGUGUCCGUGGAGACUCGGCUCAACCAGCCCCAGCCCGACUUCACCAAGAGCCGCUCCGGCUUCACCCUCAGCGUGCCGGGCAACUGA